AUGGCGGAGCGAGGCGCGGUGUCCGCCGCCGAGGUCAUGCGCGCCUACCGGCAGGCGCGCGACGCGCAGCGGCGGCCGGUCUUGUCGCGCUACCGGGUGAUUGGAUUCUUGAAUUCCGGGACGUACGGCCGGGUGUACAAAGCGCAAGAGAUCCUGCCCCCCGGCGCCUUUGCACGCGAGCCGGGCGUGUAUGCGAUCAAAAAGUUCAAGCCCGACCGCGAAGGGAGCACGACGACCUUCACCGGGAUCAGCCAGAGUGCCGUGCGCGAGAUUGCGCUGAAUCGUGAGCUGCGCCACGAGAAUGUCGUGUGGCUGCGCGAGGUGAUGCUCGAGGAGAAUGCCAUCUUUUUGGUGUACGAGUUUGUCGAGCACGACUUUCUGCAGAUCAUUCACCACCACCUCACAGUGCUGCGCACGCCGGUGAGCGGCGCAAUGAUCAAGUCGCUUCUGUGGCAGGUGCUCAAUGGCGUGCAGUAUCUGCACGAGAAUUGGAUCAUGCACCGUGAUCUGAAGCCGGCCAACAUCCUGAUUACCGCGCGCGGCGUUGUCAAGAUCGGCGACCUGGGCCUUGCGCGCGUGUACGCUGACCCGAUGGUGUCGCUGUACGCGAGCGACAUGGUGGUCGUCACGAUCUGGUACCGAGCGCCCGAGCUGCUGCUCGGCGCACGGCACUAUACGCCGGCGGUCGAUCUAUGGGCUGUCGGGUGCAUCUGGGGCGAGCUCAUCGCACUGCGGCCCAUGUUUAAAGGCGAAGAGAUUCGCAUGGGCCCCAAGGUCAAGACGGUGCCGCUACAGACGAACCAGCUCGGAAAGAUUGUCGACAUCCUCGGCACGCCGACCAAGGAGCGGUGGCCGACGAUGGACUCCCUGCCCGACUAUGGCGCUUGGAGCGCGCUGCGCCGUGGCGACGCCCUCCCGCGCACACUCUACCAGUGGUACACGAACCGUGCGGGCACCUCGGCGGGCUUUGACCUGCUCGAUCGGCUCCUGCAAUACGAUCCUGCGCGGCGCGUCACGGCCGCCGAGGCGCUCCGCCACCCCUGGUUCUCCGAGGAACCGCUGCCGACGGCAAACGCAUUCGCUUUUCUGCCGAACGGCACGUCGCCCUACCCCCCCGGCAAGGUCGUCCUUAGCGACACGCACCCGAUUGUUUCGCGCGCGCGGCGCGCACCUGGCUGA